CUCGAAUCUAAGAAAUCAAUAGAUCGGCCACGGAGCUGGCGGGUCGAAUCGACGCGAUCAGUUUCGUGGAGAUUCAAAAUUUAAAAAAUGGUGUUUUAAAACCAUGGAUAUCGAUGACAAAAGAUCAUUUUCCGAGCUGAACAACUUGGCGUUCGCUUAUGGUUUUCUCGGCGGUGAAGCUGAGUCUUGGUUCAACAAGAGACAGACAAUGGUUGCUUUCGAAAAGUGGAUGGACAAAAGUGGCAACGAUCCAAAGGACGGAUACAACAUCGCUGAAGCCACAAGAAUCAAUUCGUCUAACGAAACAAAGAUAUUGGGCUCUGCUUACAAUCGGCAUGAACCAUGGGAAAUGGGCGUCCAUAAGAGAAAGGGAACCAUAUAUCUAGAUGUGCAUAAACUGCCUGAAAGGCCGCAGAGUGGCUUAGAUCGCCGCAGAUGUUACUGGGGUUAUUGUUUCGAAAGCCUUGCGACGGAAGAUCCAGGAAGACCUUAUAGAGAAGAAAUACAUCAUGUGGAUGCAAAUGUUGAAUUUUGUUCUGUUGUCAAGACUAAACUAGGAACUCACCGAGUUCUGAUGGGUGCUGAAAUGGACUGCUGUGAUGAAACUGGAGAGGGAAGAAGGUAUUACGUAGAGUUGAAAACAUCACGUGAGUUGGAUGAUCGUACGGUUGACAGAUUUGAAAGAGAGAAACUGCUCAAAUUCUGGAUACAAUCAUUCGUAGCAGGAGUUCCAUACAUUAUCGUUGGAUAUAGAGAUGAUGGAGGAAGAAUAGUUCGCACAGAGAGACUAAAAACGAAAGAUAUUGCGCACAGAGCCAGAUUGAAAAACUUUUGGCAGGGAGGAGUGUGCUUGGCAUUUGCCGAUGAAGUUCUUUGCUGGCUAUACGGCACUGUUAAAGACAACGAAGAUUACAUACUUCAGUUCGUGCACCUUUUCAUGAGACUAGAGCUUCUUCAAGCUCAAUCUUGUCCUGAUGCCAUCACUAAUCAUAAGGGGACGGGAAAAAGGAAAAGAACCCUAGAAUUUUCGAUGGAGGAGCUAAAUCAGAAGAUCGCCACCGCUAUUAGCCAGUCGGCCGUUGAAGAUCUGGAGAAGAUGGUCGAAGCUCUCUCCGCCGAAACCCUCCCUAAUUUUCUCGACCGUGUCUAUGAUUCCGUCUCCGAUCCCAGUCCCGCCGUGAGAAAGGAGUGCCUACAACUCCUCUCGAACGUCUGUAGAGUACAUUCUGAUUUGGCGGCUUCAUACCUCACUGGAAUCAUCGCUCGGAUAGUUAACAUGCUGAAGGAUUCUAAGUCCAGUCUCGCCUGUCAAGAUACCAUUGGUUCUUUGGCUGGCAUUUAUUUGAAAGAAGGGAACAACACCGGUUCAGCCUCAUCGGUAGUGGCUCUGUUUAUGGAGCCGUUGUUGGAUGCAAUGGGAGAGGAGAAUGUCGAGGUACAAUCCGGAGCUGCAAUGUGUUUGGCUAGGAUGGUGGACGCAGGGGCCGGUUCUCUGAUUACUUCUUUCGAAAGGUUUUUUCCUAGAGUCAACAAGCUGUUGACCAGCUCCAAAUUCUUGGCUAAGGGUUCACUUUCUCCUGUUGUUACACGUCUGGCUCAGCAACUUCCUAGGGCUGGGCGCAAGCGCAGAGAGCCAGAACCUGCUAACAGAGCGUGGAUACACAGCUUUCUUGUGAUGCAUGAUGUGCCUGACGAGGUUAUAGUAGCUAUAGAGACCAAGACACCAUAUGGCAGGAUGGAACGCAGGGUAGCUAGAACAGGUGAAAUAUUCAUGCAGUGGGGUGUUCAAGAGAUCAGGGAGAAUAAAGACAUCAAACCAGAAGAUAGUGGGGCUUUGGUUUGGACACCCAGAGCAGGUGUUGUUCGAAACCAAUCGGACCAUGGCACAGAUCAGUGUAGCGCAUGGCGUUACAUCAACAGAUUGGAUGAUCAUUUUGUGACCCUCAGUGCUCGGUACCUCACGUACUAUGUUUCUGAGAGUAUGAGAGAAGAAGCUGCAGCUCAUGGUGACCGACCAGAGACACACCAUUGCCACGGAUAUCAUAUCAAAGAUGCCAUAGAGUUCAUUCGAGACAAGGGAGUGCCAGAAGAAGACCCUAAUGAUGCGAUAAAUGGAUUCAGCUGCGUCUAUGAACGACCAGAGCAGUUUCCUUCUUCACCCCUAUACAAUCUUCCUCGUGAAGUGCGAGUGGUGGUGUCUGAUGACCUGAUGGAUCUAUAUAGGAUGUUAAGGACACAGCCAGUUGGAGCAAAUGUCCACUUUUUCCAUCCAGAAUUUGAUCAGAUUGGAGGAGGAAUAUAUGUUGGGUGUACCAGUGAUGGGUCAGAAUACAAGGGACUUCAUUCUGUGAUCGUCGUCGCACUUACUAGAGAGAAUAAUAAGCUCGUGGCUGUUGUAAAGUCCAGCCAUGGUACAGAGAAAGGCAACGGCGGUUACAUGUUCGUGUCUCUAACAAGGAUGCUAGUCGAUGUGGGAUACCGUGGAAGCAAACAUAUCUAUGGUCGCCGCAAAGCUGUUGAAGUAAAGUCUCCGUCCUACCUUCUUAGAGAUUUCACGUUUAUAGAAUCGCCGCCAACAACUUCGGAAACACCAAAAUCAGGGAGCGGUAAAAGCAAAAGGAAGAAAAGAAAGGUUUCGGGCUGCAAGGAAACGUCUGGUGUUGGCUCAGCUGCUGGAGAAGGAUUAGGUGAUGGCGGAUCAUCUUCCACACCAUCUGUGUCGGCGGUAGACAAGCAGUGAAGGAAGUCUCGACACCAAACUCUAUCUCUAUCUCUGAACUCUUUUCUCUGAACUCUUUGUCUCUCUAUCUCUAUAUCUUAUCUUAGUCUGUCUAAACGCUCGACAUUUGAAACUUUAGGAUAUGUAAUAGUUUAAUGUUUGGAUGAUUAAAUUACCCAUGCUUCU